AUGGUGACAUUUUUAUUCACCGGAAAACAACGAAUUCUAUCAAAAUACAAGAAGUGGAAACAACAAGGAGUUACUGUUGCUGGAGGAAAUGGAGAAGGAAGUGGAUUAAAUCAACUCUCUUAUCCUGUCGGCAUCGUUAUUGACGAGAACAAAACUAUUCUUAUUGCUGAUAAUAGAAAUAAUCGUAUUGAUGAAUGGAAAUAUGGAUCGAACAAUAGUCAAAUCAUUAUAGAUGGAAAUGAAAAAGGAAAUAUAAAUUAUCGAUUGUGGAAUCCACUAGAGGUGAUCAUUGACAAAAUAAAUAAUGCAUUGAUCGUUUAUAGCCAAGCUAACGAACAAGUUCUUCGAUGGUUUCGUGAAAAUCAAACGAUUCAAGAACUUUUCGAUUUGGAUUCGUCCCGUAAUCAUAUCGCAAUGGAUAAAAGUGGAUCUAUUUAUAUUUCUGAAGUUCAACAGGAUCAAGUGACACGAUGGAAAGACGGAGACACAGAUAGGACAAUAGUUGCAGGUGGAAAUGGAGUAGGAGAUGGUCUCAAUCAAUUAGAAAGUCCUCAUUUUAUCUUUAUCAAUGAUAAUUAUUCUGUUUAUGUAUCAGAUUAUGGAAAUGAUCGUAUGAUGAAAUGGGAAAAAGAUGCAACAGAAGGAAUUCUUGUUGCUGGUGGAAUAAAUAAUUUCGACACAAUGCCGUUUCCUGAAGGAGUGAUUGUUGAUGAUUGUAAAGGAGAUCUACAAGGUUCAAUUGUUGUUGGUGGAAAUGGUCAAGGAGCAGAAUCAAAUCAAUUGAAUGGUCCCACUCGUUUAUCAUUUGAUCAUGAAGGAAAUCUUUAUGUUGCUGAUUCAAAUAAUAAUCGAAUUCAAAAAUUUGAAUUAGUUUCUGAUUAA